AUGGCCUUUAAGGUCCUGGAGUUCCAUUCCAGCAUAUAUCCUUGCCCUAACUCAAUGUAUGCACGCAAGGAGAUGAGGUCCCAUGUCAACACUCGCAUUGCGGACCUGGAAGUGGUAGGACAUCUGACCCUUGCAGUUCUGAGUCGUACGGAGGAGUUCAGGUCCAGUGUGUUGACGGGCGCCGCUGCUCAGCUGAGGGAAUGGAGCACCAGGGUCAGGAGUAUAAAGGCCAUUUACUACACCCUCAACCUGUGUGACAUCGACAUGACACCCAAGCUGAUUGUGGCUGAGAUCUGGUGUCUUGUGUCAGACCUCAGCUCUGUUCAUGCUGCUCUCAUCAAGGGCUUGGAACAGAGUGGGUCCAGUCUGUGCCCGGUGCUCAACAGGAUCCAGACCCAGCAGACUCCUCCCACCUUCAACCGAAACAACUGCUUUACAUCUGCCUUCCAGAGUGUGGUUGAUGCCUAUGGGGUGGGCAAAUACCAGGAGAUAAACCCAGCCCCGUACACCACGGUGACAUUCCCCUUCCUGUUUGCGGUCAUGUUUGGCGACUGUGGUCACGGCGUUGUCAUGUCCUCGCUGGCUCUCUGGCUCAUCCUGCAGGAGCACAGCUUCAGGAAGCUCCAGAACGAGGUCUGGAAUGUUGCCACCAACAAACUAUCAUUCCUCAACCCCUACAAGAUGAAGAUGUCUGUGAUCCUGGGAGUAGUCCACAUGCUGUUUGGGGUCUUGCUAAGCUUGCUCAACUGGAUAUUCUUCCAGAAGCACCAGGACAUUAUGCUACAGUUUGUCCCUGAGCUGAUCUUCAUGCUGAGUCUGUUUGGUUACCUCAUGUUCCUCAUCCUCUACAAGUGGUGCGCCCCCAUGCCCUCUGAGUCUGCCCCCAGCAUUCUCCUCUUCAUCAAUAUGAUGUUAUUUGACUACAGCUCCCCAAAUGCAUUGCUCUUCAAAGAUCAGAAGCCUCUUCAGAUCUUCCUGGUGGUCCUGGCUCUUCUGAUGGUUCCAUGGCUGCUGCUGCUCAAACCCCUGCUACUGUACAGAGAACACACACUGUCUCAGAGGGUAGAGAACACACACUUAUGGGGGACGUGUUUUUUUUAUCAGGCCAUCCACACCAUAGAGUACUGUUUGGGCUGCAUCUCCAACACUGCCUCCUACCUGCGUCUCUGGGCCCUCAGCCUGGCCCAUGCUGGGUUGAAUUCCAGAACAAGUUCUACCUGUGCUCAGGUUUCAAGCUCACUCCACUUUCUUUUGAGCGCCUCCUCAAUAUACAGUGACUGGCAAAUACACACACACAGCUUUGUUUAGCCCCAUUUGUUUAUCUAUUUUCAGAGUGAGAAACAUUUAGCUGGUUGUCACAGUAUCUUGGU